GCCAAAUUAGUCUGAAGAGUCCACAGGAUAUUCAGGUCUAUGUUCUAAAUACAAAUUUCACUUUGAGGUGGAACUACACUGGGGAUGAUACCAAUGUGACAUUUUCAGCAGAGUACCAGUUGCUUGAAGAUUUUGAGACAAAUGAAACAGAAUGGAAGGAGGUGCCUGGGUGUCAAAAUGUUACUCACAUGGAAUGUGACUUUUCCUCAGCAAUAACCGAAUACUAUGAUAAACACCAUGUGCGUAUAAGGGCUGAAAGAAGGGAAGAAGUGUCUCCAUGGUCUAGCAUUUUUGAAAUGAUUCCAUAUUUUAUAGCUCAGAUCGGUCCCCCAGGAAUAGAGUUACAGUCCGUUAAUGGAGUCAUAAAAAUUAAGGUUUCUCCUCCAGAAGCAAAUCAGGUUCAAAAAAUGUGGAUAGAUGAUCUAAGUUUUACAUAUAAUCUAGUUAUCUGGGAAAAUGCGUCAAAUGCAGAGUUCAGAAGUCAAAGUAUUUUUCCUACUGACGUAAUUGAUGACCUUGCACCAGAAACUACCUAUUGUUUGAAAGUUCAAGCAGUUCUUCCUUUGGACUCCCAAGAAGGCUUAUUCAGUCCCAUUCACUGUGUAAAAACUACCCGUAAAGUGAAUGACCUACUCUGUGCAACAAAUGUCAGCGUUCUUGCUUUGAAUAUGAAAUUUUAUCUGCAUUGGAAUAAUCAGUAUAAACAACAUGUGAGCUACAAUGUACAGUAUCUCAUUGGGUAUCUGAAGAAACUUCAUGAUGAUUACUCGGUGAAGUGGCUGAAUGUACCUGGAUGUGAAAACAUCACUGAUACACAAUGCAAUUUGUCAUCUAUCAUCACUACUACUUCUGGAUUUUAUUACCUCCGUGUGCAGGCCAUGAGUGAAUAUAACAAAUCAUGUUUUUCUAAUGAAGUAAAAGUAGAUCCUCUGGUAACAAAUGAAAUUGGCCCUCCUGGUGUAAAGGUGGACAUCAGUGAUGUUUUGCUCCAUAUCCAGAUUUCUCCUCCAGGAGGAUCUGAGAGUGAAGUCAUGAGGGACCAUUAUGACUUGUCUUACCGGAUUCUGUAUUGGAAAAAAUCACCAAAUAUUGAGGAGGAAAUCAAAAUGAAAGAGAUAAAACAGACAAUAGGGACAGUCUCUGAUCUAACACCCUCGACUUUGUACUGUGUAAAAGUACAAGCAUUCUCAGAAGCUUACAACAAAAGCAGUCGUUUCAGCAAAGAGGAAUGCAUCAAAACACCUGGAGAUAAAAUGUUGCCUCUGAUCAUUUUAGCAACAUUUGUAACUGCUCUGAUUGCUGUCUUGCUUUUGGCUAUGCCGCUCCUUUUUGCCAUGUAUCAAGCCUACAGUAAAAUCAAAUACGUGUUCUUUCCAUCAUGCCAGCUUCCUUUGAACAUAGAGGGUUUUGAAGAACAGCUCUUUAGCAGUCCUUAUCUGCCAGCUACAGAAGAACCAAUAGAAAAUUGUUCUAUAAUUGAGACUAUCAUCACAGAAGAAGUAAAUCAAAUUGGUUUUAAAGACUACAAACAUUCUAAACAGAGCAGUGGAGAUUCAGGAAAUUACUCUAACGAUGAUGAUACUUCAGGGAACAAAGUGUCAGAAGAAACGCUAGAAAAGGAAAUAGUAUAA